UGCGAUACUUGUGUAUUCAUUGAUGUGAGUAGACCGCGGCAGUUCAAAAGAAGCGUUGAUUGGGAGAGGUGUGAAAAUGGAGGGGGAACUUAAAUGUCCUGUUUGCUCCAAAUAUUAUGUGAAACCAGUGUUACUCUCAUGUUCUCAUAAUUUAUGUUCUGGAUGUGCUCACAGUUUGCAAGAUUUAGCGGAUAAAUUUUUACCUCAAAAUGACGAAAAUAAUUCGGACCAUGGUGAUUAUCCGGACGUUGACAAAUUGAGUAUUGUCAGCGAAACGGACAGUGGUGUCGUCUGCAAUAGCAGACCAAGCAGUUACAUCAGCACACCAAGUAUCCACAAUUUAUUUUUGUCUUCAACCCAUCUUGCAAAUGGGUGCGUUUAUGGAAUAAAAUGCCCAGUGUGUAAAAAAGUUACCUAUUUGGGUGAAACUGGAUUUCAGUCACUUCCACGGAAUCGUGUCUUGGAUAUAAUCGUCGAGAAAUUUUCAGACUCAAGUGAUAAAAUUGAAAAUGUUAUUCUUAAGUGUGAACUUUGUGAUACUGAUAAGCCAAGAGAUGCCACGGUGGUUUGUGAACAGUGCGAAGUGCAUUACUGUGAAUCAUGCAGAGAACGUUGCCAUCCUAGCAGAGGACCCCUUGCAAAGCACAAUUUGAUCGACCCAGAAAAAGGGCGCACUUUAUUGCGAGCUAAAUUAAAAAACAAAGAUCAGAAAUGCUAUGAACACACUGAGGAAGUUUUAAGCUUGUACUGUUUGACGUGUAAGAUCCCAAUAUGUAUAAUGUGCCAGCAAGACGGACCCCAUAUCAAUCACGACUCUCAGGCUAUUGGUGCUAUGUGUAAAACUCACAAGACGGAACUGUCUCAGACGCUACAAUCCCUCUCUGAAAAGGCCAAGACAGAGACAGAGUUUAUACAGAAGUUGAAGGCCAUGACAGAACGAAUACCGCCCAACUGUGUGGAUUUUGAAGCCCUAGUCGUAGCGCAGUGUGAUUCCCUCAUUGACGCCAUCCAACAACGCAAGCAAGAGUUACUAGACUUCGUGAGCGCUGAGCGCGACAUGAAGGUGAAAAUCCUGAAGGAUCAGGCCCAUGCGUGCACCAGUCACCUUCAGAAAACCACCAGUCUGCUGUACUUCUGCAUUGAGGUGCUGAAAGAGUCGGAUCCUGCAUCAUUUUUACAGAUCUCAAGUUCGCUGUUGAAUCGGGUAUCAUUGGUGGAUCAGCACUUCUUCAAGGAAAUAGGCCUGAUACCACGGGUAUCCCCAGAGUUCGAGCUCACCCUUGACAACUCAUCUGUCCUUCAUGCCAUACAGACAAUGAACUUCUUUCAAAUGAAAGCUCCGGGUCAGCCCGCAAUCCUACCUGAGGAGUGCAGUGCAGAGAACAACAGUGUAACUAUUGCCUGGCAACCAUAUCCAGGGAGCGUAGUGGAUGCUUACACCCUUGAGUUGGAUGACGGGAAUGGGGGCGACUUUCGGGUGGUAUAUAUUGGUCCAGAAAUGAUGUGCACAGUGGAUGGCCUACAUUUUAACAGCAUCUACAAUGCACGAGUCAAGUGUCAGAAUCAUGCGGGAGAGAGCGAUUACAGUGAUCUAGUCAGUCUGCAAACAGCAGAAGUGGCGUGGUUUAGCCUUGAUUCAGUCACUGCUCACCCCGACAUCAUCACCUCCAACGACAAUCUUACGGCAACAUGUAACAGCUUUGAACAUCGCGUAAUACUUGGCAGCACAGGACUCUCACGCGGGGUCCACUACUGGGAAGUGACCAUCAACAGAUAUGAGAACAACGCAGAUAUAGUAAUUGGCAUUGCACGCUUUGAUGUGACCAAGGACACCAUGCUAGGCAAAGAUAACAAAGGUUGGUCCAUGUAUAUCGACUACAAGCGGAGUUGGUUUCUGCACAAUGACAAGCACACGAACCGCACUGACGGUGGGAUUCAGGUGUCGAGUGUCAUUGGUGUGUUGCUUGAUUUACAUCACAAUACGCUUAACUAUUUUGUGAAUGGGGAGUCUCAAGGGCCGAUUGCGUUUUCAAAUCUGUGUGGUGUUUAUUUCCCAGCAGUCAGUAUUAACCGGAACAUUCAGGUCACACUACACACUGGACUUACCCCACCCAUCGAAACAUCUGAUAGCGAUGACUCAGCAGUUUAAAAUUUUGUAUUGAGUUUUAAAACAUGUUGCUUGUAAGAUUUAGUUCCAAGUCAAUUUAUUACAUUUUAAAUCUUGUCAUUUCUUAUGCACAUAUGCUAAACUUAUUGCCAGGAAAGAAAAUAGUGCUAAACGUUUUAAGUAUGAAUUACUUGGUAAACUUAAGUAAAAGUGUCAUACACCAUAGAUUGACUAUAAUAAUCAAUACAAAUGUAAAAUACUGAAACUUGAGAUAAUCAUUAUUAAAAUUAUACUUAUAUAAAACUUAUAAUCUUGUCAAUGAUUGUUUGACAGACUAGGCUUGCUUCAGUGUCUAAAUUGUUUACUUGAUUUGAUCAAUAAUGCAAUUGAUAAGAAAAGCUGUACUAGUUGGAGCAGCCAAUAAUCACGAUAGAGAUUGUUCAGUUAUAUAAGGUUGUCAUGUUUCAUUCAGUUUUUUAUGCUCAAGCAAAUUCAUUUUGGGGAGAGCAUAUAGUUGCCGCUUCGUCUGUCCGUCCGUGUGUCUGUCCGUGCACAAUUUUUGUCCGGGCUAUUUCUCAGCAACAAAUGACUGGAAUUCAAUGAAACUUUAUGGGAAGCUUUACUACCAAGAGGAGAUGUGCAUAUUAUCAGGGGGUUCUGGUCGGAUGAUUUUUCACAGAGUUAUGGCCCUUUGAAAUUUUUUAUAAAAAAUUCUUGUCCCUCCACCUACUGUGCCCUCAAGACGUUUCCUUUUAUCUGAAUAUAUAGUGCAAUAUUGUGACAAAAAAACCUUUGGGGAGCAUCACCCAUUGCCGACGGUUUCUUGUUUCAACAGGUUUUAACUCUAUGGGUCAGAAUGAAUUAAAACAUUAUGCACAAUUCUUAAGAUUUGUAAAACACAAUUAUUUUGCACAUUUACUGUUGUUAUUUUUAAUUUUGCAAAGCAAUCAAAUUAUCUUGUUGAGCGAUGUUUUAACUCAUACAUUUACAUAAAAUGUGCUGGUUUCAUCUUCAUAUAUUUCAUCGAUAUGUAUAUUUUGAUAAAUGUGAUAUAUUUUAUUAUAAGAUGGUAGUGUUUUAGAGUAUAUAUGUAUUCAUGCAUUGUAAAUAAGAAUGGAUUUGUUGUUUUAAGCUGUCUAUAAAGAUUUGAUUAUUUUCAUUUUAUGCAUUGUUUUGCACUUGAUUCAUUAUAAAAACUCGACAGUUUUUGUUUUAUUUUUUUUUUUUUUUUACAUUAAAUUUUAAUAAUAACUGUUAAGAAAGCUUACAACAAAGACCUAUAGAAUAACAAUAUUGUAUUUUAUAGGUCUUGCUUGCACUAGCUAUAAUGUUUACACAUAUUUAAUAUGGAUUAAAUUUUUUAAACAAUUACAGUAAUGAAAUGUUGUUGAUAGCAGAUUGUAUUGUAUUAAGCAUUUUUUUUUAAUUCCUGCAUUUGUUCUGCUUAAAAAAAAAAAAAAAAAUGUAUAUGCUGUACUUUCAUAAAUUAAAGAAUAUCAAAGUAUUGUUUCAUUGUUUUCUACAUUAUGAUGAUUUCAUAAUUUCUCAGAGCAAAAUUUAUUUUGGAUUCUACAUGUAUGUUCUCUUCUUUUCAGGUUUAUAUCUAUGUAUAAUGUAUAUUUCAAUCAACAACUGUUUGAGUUUGUGGUGUAUCCAUGUAAAAAGAAUGUUCCAGCUAGGGCUGCUUGUGUCUUCUUGACACAUUUAAAGUGUUUAAUCUUAGACGAAUACAAAAGCAAAAGUAUAAUAAUAGUAAUAACAGCAGCUUAAAACAAAUAUUAUUAAAGCUAUUACAUUAUUAAAUAUUUUUAAUAUAAUUUUCAUUAGUUUAUACUUUUGCAUUAUUAAUUCUCUUGCAUCAUUAAAUAUUCAGUUUAAUGCAUUCUAUGAAAACUUAAAGAGCAACGUCAACAUUGGUAAAUAUAAAUGUUUGUGACUGAAAUUUACAGAGUUUUCAUACUAUUUUUUUCAUAGAUAUUUAGUUAAAUAAUUCCUCAUUUAAUAUCCUGAUGCAUGUUGGUUGUUUAGCAGUAUAUUGAGUUUUAUAGAAUAUCAGUCUACUUGCACUAGUGUAUCAAAUAGAUAUGUUCAUAUACAUUACACAUGCCCCAUUUAUGCAUUUUGUAACAUUUAAUGUAUGUGUAAGCAGUAAAGUAUUACCAGAAUUUUGAUGAUAAAGAAUAAAAACAAAAUCACGAAA